AUGGGUGAACAAGUGCCCGCGAAUUACGGAAACUUAGAUCAAGAAGUUUAUUUAACACGUAGUUUCCUACACUUAUGUGGGUUAUGGCCGGGCACAACUUAUUUACGUUACUUUUCGGUGAUAAUAUUCAUUUUCAUCGUUCUCUGGAUGCCUUUUGCUGCGUACUUGUACUUUUUCUUCAGCGAUACCAUAGAAAAUGUUGUCGAGACCACUGGGUACUUGAUGAGUGUCUCGUACACAAUACUAGAGAUCUUUAUAUUCCGCAGCAACAAAACUAAAAUAACGUCAAUUGUCGAGCACAUGAGCGACAAUUGGCUCGGCAUGACUUUUAUCCCCGAGAAGGAAAAAAAAAUGAUCAACAAAAAUUUAUCGAAAUCCCGGUUCGCUGUACGCAUGGCAUUUUCAUUUGUCACCUUCUGCCUGGUAUUUUAUUCGAUAAUGCCAUACGUUAUUGCACUAAUUUUGGGCAAAAAGUUUCCAAGACAAGCGGCUCGAGUUGCCUGGUACCCGUUUCCGUUGGAAAAUUCAUUCGUUAUAUUUUUGACUUCUUCUGUCACAUUGGCGGCCAUUUUUCUGAUCAUGCUGAUCGAAGUGGCCAUAGACGGAUUUCUUAUCUUGCUCGUCUAUCAUUCCGUUGGACAGUUGCGGUUACUAAGAAACACAAUCGAUAAAUAUCGAGGAUUAAUCAGACAUCCUGACUCUUCACCAAAAUCUUGGUCAUCUUCAAGGGAUUUUAAAAAAUCUUGUCCCUGCCUCAAGUGUAUCGUCGAUCAUCACGUGGACAUCGAGAUGUUUGUCGAAGAAAUAAAUAAUUCUUUCAGUAAAAUUAUAUUCAUAAAAACCAGCGUGACGAUUAUUAAAUUCUGCGCAAUGGGAUUCUUUGUAGUCCAGUCUGCGCAUGCUAAAAAUAUAUCAGGAAUAAUAGAAAACGCAUUAUAUGUUUUCUGGAGUGGAUUUAGUCUCAUUAUUUAUUGCUGGCUAGGUGAAAUACUCGGUAAGAAAAGUGACGAUAUUGCGAGAGCUGUAUGUGAAAUCGAUUGGAGUAUUAAAAAAAGAAAGAAAUCGCUCUCUUUGAUGUUGAUAAUAAUUCGUUGCAGAAAACCAUUUGCUAUAACUGCUGGUAAAAUUUUUACGAUGAACUUAAUUUUUUACAAAGAGACGAUCAAAAACAGACUGAUAAAAAUAGUAGGCAGUGAACGUGUAAUUUUGGUCUAG